AUGGAUCCUUUAUUCAACACCACCGUGAUGCCACGGACCCCCGACUCUAACGACACUAACGGAACCGAGUACUGGAACCAGUUUGUGCAGCCAGUCUGGAGAAUUGUUCCCUGGGCGAUCGCGUACAGUUGCAUAGUAAUAGUGUCCGUGGUGGGCAAUCUUGUAGUGAUUUGGAUUAUCAUGGCGCAUAAACGCAUGAGGACUGUGACCAACUAUUUUUUGCUCAACCUUGCGUUUGCUGAAGCCUCCAUGUCCGCAUUCAACACAGUGAUCAACUUCACCUACGCCGUGCACAACGAGUGGUACUUUGGAUUAGUCUACUGCCGCUUCCAUAACUUCUUCCCGAUCGCAGCUGUCUUCGCCAGCAUCUACUCCAUGACUGCCAUCGCCCUGGAUAGAUACAUGGCCAUCAUUCACCCUCUGCGGCAGCGUAUGUCCUCCACAGAGACCAAGGUGGUGGUGGGGGUGAUCUGGGUGCUCGCCUUGCUCCUGGCCUUCCCUCAGUACUACUACUCUACCACGCACCAGCUCCCCGACCGCAUCGUGUGCUACAUCAACUGGCCUGAAUACCCCGUGUGUGACUUCAAAAAGAUGUACUAUGUGUGUGUGGCAAUUCUACUCUACUUCCUUCCACUGCUGGUGAUGGGUUGUGCUUAUUUGGUGGUGGGACUGACCCUCUGGGCAAGCGAGAUCCCUGGAGACUCUUCUGACCGGUACAAGGAGCAACUGAUCGCCAAACGCAAGGUGGUGAAGAUGAUGAUCGUGGUCGUUUGUACCUUUGCCAUCUGCUGGCUGCCCUAUCACGUCUACUUCCUCCUUCAUCAGUUCUUUCCUGACAUGUUUGAGGAGAGAUUCAUCCAGCAGGUUUACCUGGCCAUCAUGUGGCUCGCCAUGAGCUCCACCAUGUACAACCCAAUCAUCUACUGCUGCCUCAAUGAAAGGUUUCGGGCUGGUUUCAAACAAGCCUUCCGCUGCUGUCCCUGUGUGCCUCAAGGCUCUUAUGAAGAACUGGAACUCAAAUCCACUCGCUAUCUUCAGACCCAGACAAGUGUUUACAAGGCCAGCCGGAUGGAAACAACAGUGUCGACAGUUCUUCAGGUUGAGGAGGAUAUGGAGCAGUCCAGUGUCAAGGUGAUGGGAGCUUCUGGUCUUGGCGGGGCUGCGAUCAGAGCCAGACCACAUAGCUCCUCUCUAGAUCUCACUUCAAAUGGGUCAUCAUCAAGAAGUGUCUCCAAAACGGUCUCGGAGACAUCCAGUUUCUACUCUAGCAACCUUCAAGAAUAG